AUGGAACCUGACGCUUCAGUGCUCAGUCUUUCAAGCGUUGCCACGCUUUGGAAUACUUGCACUCAAGCAUUGGAUGUGAUCGUCGCCGGGAAACGGGAUACAACGGCGUACAACAUAUCGCGAGCCAAACUAGAACUGGAACAGGCUCGGUUAUUCUUCUGGGGUGAAGGCCUUGGACUCCUGCACCUUGGAGCCGAUCCUGAAAAUGCAGAAAGCACUGUGCAUCCUCACCUGGAAAGACUCGAGAUUAGAGUCGCCGUAGUGCAGAUCUUGCGCUGUAUGCACCGUCUGUUCGAAAGCACGGCUACCUUACAAGCAGAAUACGGUCUCUACCUAGUAUCUGUUGGGGAACGAGACGGGGAUCAUCUGCUUCUAGACAUAAUUUUCAAGCGGGCCUAUAGGCACGCACAGCAAUCCGCGCAACGUCACCAGGGCGCAUUGCUGGCAAGAGAGAACUGGGCAAUCUGCGAAGGGUCAAAAUUUGAGAGACUGGUCAAGGAGAUUAGAGGGCAUAAUAAAUCGUUGCUCGGGUUGUUCCCGGAUAUAAUAGCGAAAACAGCAAUGGGGUUAUUGGAGGAGAUAGAAUCGAGCAGCGACAUUGGAGCGUUAGGACUGCUUCACAGCGCCGCAGCCGACGAUUAUGAGGACAUUUCACUUAAGGCGGCUAUGCGACUCACUGUCCUCGGCGGCCAGACAUCUACCCGUUCUACCUCGGCGAUAAUAGCAGACCAUCGGGGGUCAGAGUCUUCAGAGGGGGAGGUCGAUAAUGUCAGCGCGUCCAAACCCUUCGGAGAAACCUUGGUUGUCGGAGAUAGUCAUGGUGUAGUGGAUGCUGACAUCCAAAGCGUCGAAGCACGCGAGAGCAGUCAAUUACUUCGAUUGAAUCAGGAGAUCCAGGCCAGUCAAAACAAAAUAAAGGAAUUGCAGCAGGUGAUCGCUGCGUUGCUCUAUGAUAGUGUUCUCACAGUACGAGACGAGGACUACUUCGAAGCGGCAUGCAACAAGCUAUACAACCACGUUGAGCAGUGGGUUCUCCAGUUCUCGAAGCAUUCAGACUCCCGCAGAUGCAGGGUACUAGGUGACCUGCAGGAUAAGGAAUCUACAGCAUGGUUUGAACAGGUCCUUCUCAAUAGGUCCGAUAUCAAUGUCUGCCUGGCGGACCGUGUUUAUCGGCGCAACAUCUUCGUGGCUGUCGUCAUGGCCAUGGUUUUCAAACUAAUCUUCGCGCGAUAUCUUUUUAGUAUGGCCCUCAACCAGAGACGGACUCUCAAGUCCUUGGAGAGGCAGUUGUUCGCAGCAAAUCCACGGGGCACUGUCAACUGCUGGCGAGCUAAUACUCUAUCUUUGAUGGCAAAGGAUCCGACAUUUACUGCACGAUGCAACAGUGACCUCAUGUCUAUUUCGCUUAGGAUCUUCAAUACCUUGUCAACAGUGCUUCCUCCACCCAGUCAAGCUGAGUCUCAACUACUGGAUUCACUGCGAAGGGUCUUACAGGUUGCAGUUGAUCUAUCGAUCCAGAUGCGGACACAGCUAGCCAAGUACACCAUGAUGCCACCUCUCGCCAAAUCGGAAACUAAGAUAUCUUUCAACGCCACGCUAAUGAACGAACGGAGCGGGGGAUCCAACGAGGAGCUUGAAGCUCAAAAUGCGACUGUCCACAUGGUGCUGUUCCCCCUCGUGGUCAAGCAGGGCGAUGAUGUGGGAGAGGGAGAAGACGAGGCUGUGAUUUACCCUGCACAAGUGCUAGUGACUGGUUUAAACAAGUUAAACAUGGAAUUGUAA